GUGCUUGUCCUUAGCGGCACAAGAAGCAGCAUGCACCCCGAUGCCACCGACAGCAGCGGCGCCGGCCUCAACCUCGCGCCGGCCGCAGCCACCGGCGGCCGCCGUGCCCCGAGCGCCCCGGGCGAGCUGCGGCCGGACCCCCGGGAAGACGCGGCGGCACCGGGGGCUCCUGGCGGCGGGAGCUGGCGAGUGCCGGUGGCCGUGGCCGCACUCGCCGCCGUGUGCCUCUCCUGCCUGGGGCCCGGUUGCUGGGAGGCGGUCGGAGGCGCGGGGCCGUGCACCGUCCUGCUCGGGCUCAGCCUCUACAUGGGCUGCGCCGCGGCCGCCUUCCUCCUGGGGACCCUGUUCUCCCUCGUCUGCCGGAGCCGGCGAGCCCCGCCGCCCGACUUCGUCGCCGCCUGGAGACGGCUGGCCGCGGCCGCCCGCCGCGCGCGGGGGAGUCCUGUGUAUGGAAACUCACAUGAGUCAGUUCAGUCUAGAAGGGUAGUAAUUUCUCAUAAUAUGGACAAAGCUCUGAAAGAAGUGUUUGACUACAGUUAUAGAGAUUACGUUCUGUCCUGGUAUGGAAAUCUCAGCAGAGAUGAGGGACAGCUUUACCACCUGCUCUUGGAAGACUUUUGGGAAAUUGCCAGACAGCUGCGUCACAGACUGAGCCAUGUGGAUGUGGUUAAAGUCAUCUGCAAUGAUGUUGUAAGAACUUUACUCACUCAUUUCUGUGACCUGAAAGCUGCGAAUGCCAGACAUGAAGAACAACCAAGGCCUUUUGUGUUACAUACAUGCUUGAGGACCUCAUAUGAUGAAGUGAGAUUCCUACAAAUGUGUUCUCGGGUUCUGGUAUUUUGUCUCCUUCCCUCAAAGGAUGUCCAGUCUCUCAGCUUACGUAUAAUGCUUGCAGAAAUACUCACAACAAAAGUCUUGAAGCCAGUAGUGGAUUUACUUAGUAAUCCAGAUUACAUUAACCAGAUGCUACUUGCCCAGUUGGAGCGCAGAGAACAGAUGAAUGAACAUCACAAGAGAGCCUACACCUAUGCUCCUUCUUAUGAAGAGUUCAUCAAGCUUAUUAAUAGCAACUCUGAUGUUGAGUUCUUGAAGCAACUAAGAGGAUGUUCGCAAAUAUCAGCCCUCCAGAUUCUUGAACCAAACUCAGCACCAGCAAGGCCAUGCACUCCUCUGGAUGAAGACAGCCGAGUGAGUGCCAGGUAUCAAAUUGUAGUAGAAAUAAUCCAAGCAACUACAAUUAGCAGCUUUCCCCAGCUGAAGAGGCACAAGGGUAAAGAAACUGCUGCAAUGAAAGCUGAUCUCCUAAGGGCCAGGAAUAUGAAAAGGUACAUUAACCAACUGACUGUGGCAAAGAAGCAGUGUGAGAAGAGAAUCCGAAUCCUGGGAGGCCCUGCCUAUGACCAGCAAGACGAGGGGGCCUUGGAUGAGGGAGAAGGGCCUCAAAGCCAGAAGAUUCUUCAGUUUGAAGAUAUCUUGGCUAGUACUUUCUACCGAGAGCACUUUCGAGUAUACAUGGAAAGGAUGGACAAGAGAGCUCUGAUUAGUUUUUGGGAGUCUGUGGAGUAUUUAAAGAGUGCUAACAAGAAUGAAAUCCCUCAAUUAGUUGGCGAAAUUUACCAGAAUUUCUUUGUGGAAAGCAAAGAAAUAUCUGUGGAAAAAUCACUUUACAAAGAAAUCCAGCAGUGUCUUGUAGGAAAUAAAGGUAUUGAAGUGUUCUGCAAAAUCCAGGGAGAUGUUUAUGAGACCCUAAAGGAUAGGUAUUACCCUUCAUUCAUUGUCAGUGACCUAUAUGAGAAACUGAUGGUAAAAGAGGACGAGAAACAUGCCUCACAGUUGAUUUCCAGCAAGGAUGAACUGGGCCCGGGAGUCGAGGCUGGUGAGGAAGCUGUAGAUGAAGGCACGAGCCGGAUUAAUGAACAAGCCAGCUUUGCUGUAAACAAACUACGAGAACUAAAUGAGAAACUUGAAUAUAAAAGGCAAGCUCUAAGUUCUAUUCAAAAUGCGCCAAAACCUGACAAGAAGAUUGUUUUCAAGUUGAGGGAAGAGAUAAUUCUAAUCGAGAAAGAACGCACGGACCUACAGCUGCACAUGGCAAGAACAGAUUGGUGGUGUGAGAACCUCGGAAUGUGGAAGGCCUCCAUCACCAGCGGAGAGGUUACAGAAGAGAAUGGUGAGCAGAUGCCCUGUUACUUUGUCAUGGUAAGCUUACAAGAAGUUGGAGGAGUUGAAACUAAGAACUGGACCGUCCCCAGAAGGCUCAGUGAGUUCCAGAAUUUACACCGGAAACUUAGUGAGUGUUUCCCUUCUUUAAAAAAAGUCCAGUUGCCUUCUCUUAGCAAGCUGCCUUUCAAAUCUAUAGAUCACAAGUUCAUGGAAAAGUCAAAGAAUCAAUUAAAUAAGUUUUUACAGAAUCUGCUGUCAGAUGAAAGACUGUGUCAGAGUGAAGCACUUUAUGCCUUUUUGAGCCCUUCUCCUGACUACCUCAAGGUUAUUGAUGUGCAGGGGAAAAAAUCCACUUUUUCAUUAUCCUCAUUUUUGGAAAGACUUCCUCGAGACUUCUUCUCCCAUCAAGAGGAGGAGACAGAAGAGGACAGUGACCUGUCAGAUUAUGGUGAUGAUGUGGAUGGGAGGAAAGACGCCUUGGCUGAACCGUGUUUCAUGUUGAUUGGGGAGAUCUUUGAACUUCGAGGAAUGUUUAAAUGGGUGAGAAGAACAUUAAUUGCUCUCGUUCAGGUCACUUUUGGAAGAACCAUCAACAAACAAAUCCGGGACACAGUGAACUGGAUUUUCAGUGAGCAAAUGUUGGUUUACUACAUCAAUGUUUUCCGGGAUGCUUUUUGGCCAAAUGGGAGAUUGGCGCCAGCGACCACAGUCCGAAGCCAAGAACAAAGUCAGGCAGCAAAACAGAGGGCACAGCAGAAGCUGCUUGAAAACAUUCCAGAUAUGCUUCAGAGCCUUGUUGGACAGCAAAACGCCCGUCAUGGUAUAAUAAAAAUAUUCAAUGCACUGCAAGAAACAAGAGCCAACAAGCAUCUUUUAUAUGUGCUGAUGGAACUGCUGCUAAUUGAGUUGUGUCCUGAGCUGAGAAGUCAUUUAGAUCAACUAAAAGCUGGUCAAGUUUGAGACUGCACAAAUAAACCACCAGAGAUAUGUCUGUGUAACAAUAGACAUGAAAUACUUCCCUCUUUUCCACAGAGGGCUUGAUUGAGAACCAUAUUGAUUUCUAUGUUAGUUACCUCCCUCUAGUUUUGUGUGACGUGAGCAGAAUUGGUUGGAGGGGGGUACUUAAUGCUGUCAUAGGCAACAGAAAAACACACUUCUGUUCUUAUUGUUUUUAUUUUAAUAAUAAUAUAAAUAAAGUUCAACAUACUGAUUGAAAUACAAAUGUUAAUAUGUGAUAAGAACCUAGGAAAUAUUUUAAAUAUUUAUGAAAACAGUUUUGUUUUAAAAUGAAGAACUAUGACUAUUGUACAGUUACUUUCCUCACUGAGGACUCUGAACAUUCCUGUAUUAUUUCAUGUGUAUUGAAGAACAUUGUUGUGCAAUGCUUUGUGGAACGUUACCGUGAAAAUUUUAUUGUCUUUAUUUUUACCAAAGAUUUCCCAUAGUUUGAAGCAUUUGAAGCAAUAAAAUA